AUGGAUGAUAAAUCCAACAAACUGCUACUGAUCCCGAUUUUAGCCGUGUUAUUUGUAAUGAUCGGCUAUCAGUAUAUUUGUCCCGCGGGCAACAGCUCGUGUCGAUUCAGAACUGGCGAGGGCUCGAGCGCAUUGAGUUCCCACCUCGCUCAGUGCACGCCGGGUAGCGUGACCGGGAAAGACGUUCUGGAACUGGACGAUGAUGGUUCACUAAAAUUCACUUCGAAAUUCAACUUUACCUCGGAGGACCUUGAACGUCACGUGGAUUUUGACAUCAAGGGAAACGACGUGAUUGUUUUUCUCCACAUUCAGAAGACCGGGGGUACGACUUUUGGGAGGCAUCUGGUCAGAAACAUACACCUGGAGCGCCCGUGCGACUGUAAGCCCGGUCAGAAGAAAUGCACGUGCCACCGACCGGGCAAAGCGGAGUCCUGGCUCUUCUCGCGGUUUUCCACCGGCUGGAGUUGCGGACUUCACGCCGAUUGGACCGAGCUCACGAACUGCGUUCCGGCGAUGAUGAACAAAAAAGAAAGGAAGGAUGCGCCAGCGAACAGACGUAACUUUUACUACAUCACGUUGCUACGCGACCCUGUCUCACGCUACCUCAGCGAGUGGAAACACGUUCAGCGCGGCGCCACCUGGAAAACGGCGCUGCACAUGUGCGACGGCCGCCCGCCCACACCCGACGAACUGCCCGCCUGCUACAGCAGCGAGGACUGGACCGGCGUCUCAUUGGCCGAGUUCAUGGCCUGCCCGUCCAACCUGGCCAAUAACAGGCAGACGCGCAUGCUGGCCGACCUCAGUCUGGUCGGCUGCUACAACCUGUCGUCCAUGAGCGCGCAGCGACGCGACGAGGUGCUGCUAGCCAGCGCCAUGCGUAACCUGCGUCACAUGGCCUUCUUCGGCCUGACCGAGUUCCAGCGCAAGACGCAGUAUCUCUUCGAGCGGACCUUCGGCCUGCGGUUCGUGGCGCCGUUCACGCAGCUGAACGGGACGAGGGCGGCAGGCGUGGUGGUGGGCGGGGCGCUGCGGCGGCGAAUCGAGGCGCUCAACGCGCUGGACCUGCGGCUGUACGAGUACGCGCGGGAGCUUUUCCUGCGUCGCGUGCAGCGCUGCAGGCAGACGGAGAGAAGGAAGGAGAGGGAGAGGCGGAGGAGAGAGAGACGACUGCGCAUGAAGGAGCAGGCGAAGAGGUGGGAGGACGGGGAAGAGGGGGAGGAGGAGGAGGAGGAGGAGGGAGACGAGGGGAAGGAGGGAACGGAGGAGGAAGAGGGACUGGGAACCACAGAAGACUACAGCAGUCAAGUGGUGCGGUGGUGA